UUCAGACUCGGGCUUUCAUGCAGUAAUGGCUACACAUAAGUCUUUAGCUGUUUAGUUGAGAUUCUCGGAGAAACUGGUUCAGUGUCAGUUCCAGUAUGGGUGUACAACUUAGUUGUAAACUUUGUUGACAGCAAACGCUCUUUUCAACAAGAGAUUAGUGCAUAGAGUGACGUAUAGUUAUUUAUAGUAAGUACAGUGUAGUAGUUGUAUAGUUGUCAAUCCCUAAAGAUGUCUCCUGUUCCCGUCCUUCCUCUUAUCAUAAACUGUUUAAUGUCUGCAAUGGGAUGCGUUGCAACACUCAAGCUUAUUCCAGCCUUUAAGGAUCAUUUCAUAUCUGCAAGACUUUAUGGAAUGGACCUAAAUAAAACCACUAAAAAACAAGUGCCUGAGUCGCAAGGUGUAAUAAGUGGGACAGUCUUCCUCAUCAUUCUCUUCCUCUUCAUCCCUGUCCCCUUCCUCAAGUGCUUCAUGGAAGAACAAUGUCAGCGGUUCCCUCACAAUGAGUUUGUUCAGCUUAUUGGUGCUUUGUUGGCCAUCUGCUGCAUGAUUUUCCUGGGUUUUGCUGAUGAUGUUCUGAACUUACGAUGGAGACACAAGCUUCUGCUGCCCACUAUGGCCUCCCUUCCUCUCCUUAUGGUUUACUUUACUAACUUCGGUAACACCGUCAUUGUCGUUCCCAAACCUUUUCGUCUCCUGUUGGGGAUGCAUCUGGACUUGGGCAUUCUGUAUUAUGUGUACAUGGGAAUGUUGGCUGUAUUCUGCACAAAUGCUAUCAACAUAUUGGCUGGUAUCAAUGGCAUUGAGUCAGGACAGGCUCUCUUUAUAUCUGGGUCCAUCAUUGUUUUUAAUUUGCUGGAACUUAAUGGAGACUAUAGGGAUGACCAUGUCUUUUCUUUGUACUUCAUGAUUCCCUUCUUCUUCACCACGUUAGCCCUCUUCUACCACAACUGGUACCCUUCGUCUGUGUUUGUGGGAGACACAUUCUGUUAUUUUGCUGGAAUGACGUUUGCAGUGGUUGGAAUUCUGGGCCACUUCAGCAAGACCAUGCUGCUGUUCUUUAUCCCCCAAGUCAUCAACUUCAUUUACUCUCUGCCUCAACUGUUUCACAUUAUUCCCUGCCCUAGACAUCGUCUUCCUAGGUUACAGUCAGACACAGGAAAGCUUGGCAUGAGUUACUCCAAGUUCAAACGGAAAGACCUAGGCCAAUUAGGACAACUUAUUCUGAGGGUGGCAGAAAUGCUAUGGCUUCUGGAUGUGCGUAGGGGAGAGGAGGCAGACGAUGAGUUUAUUGAGUGUAACAACAUGACCCUUAUCAACCUGGUACUAAAAAUACUGGGACCUACCCAUGAGAGAACCCUGACAGCAGUCAUGCUGUUUAUGCAGGUCUUGGGAAGUGCCGUAGCAUUUGGAAUCCGGUAUCAACUUGUCCGUCUUUUCUACGAUGUCUAGACCCCUCAAGCUUAGUCUGUAAAAUCCUGAAAGACUUCACAACCUGCUGCUCUCAACUGGAGACGACCAUAGUCGACUGACUAAAAGAUUUUUCUUGGACGAUUGCAAAACUGCCAGUUCUCUAUAAACUAAAUGAGGUCUUAUUCCAAUACAGUGCAGUUCACUGAUUUAGACUACUAUACAUCUGCAUGUAAUGGGACAGACAGCACAUAAGCCCAUAAUUCACAAUUGGGAAUUGAAAGUUCUGAAGAUUAAGAAAACAUGCCUUUGCCUUUAUGUAAGGAAUUACAUACAGUGUCUCUGUGAAACAACCAUGUGAACCGAAAAAUAUAAUAUUUUAUUUUGGAAGGUUAUGUGAAGCAUUACAUUCAGGAAUGGUAUAUGGUUAUACUGUAGGUAGUGGCUGAAACUGUUUCAGAAAAUGAUUGAGUUAAGUUGAUAUGCACUUAUAUAUUUUUAUGAUUCUAAUAUGCCUUUAAUUCAUUUGAAUAAAUGAAUGUGAAAAUACUUUGGAGGUAA